AUGGGUCCUGGGGGCAGACAGAGCCCCUUGUCCCUGCUGAUCCCCGCCCGAGGGUCUUGCCUCUUCCUCCUCUUGUGCCUGCGCCUGGGCGCCUCCUGCCCGCAGACCUGCCAGUGCCCUGAGCACGCUGGGGCCGUGGCUGUCCACUGCAGUGCACGGGGCCUGCAGGAGAUCCCCAAGGACAUCCCCGCUGAGGCCGUGCUGCUGAAGCUGGAUGCCAACAGAAUCUCCCGCAUCCCCAAUGGAGCCUUCCAGCACCUGAACCAGUUGAGAGAGCUGGACCUGUCUCAAAACGCCAUUGAGACCAUCGGCCCUGCAGCCUUCUCAGGUCUGGCCGGGGGCUUGCGGCUGCUGGACCUGUCCCACAAUCACAUCCGAAGGGUUCCGAAGGACGCCCUGGGCAAACUGAGUGCCAAGAUCCGCCUGUCUCACAACCCCCUGCACUGUGAGUGUGACCUACAGGAGGCCCUGUGGGAGCUGAAGCUGGACCCCGAUUCAGUGGAUGAGAUGGCCUGCCACACUGCAGUGCAGGAGGAGCUGGUGGGAAAGCCGCUGAUCCAGGCUCUGGACUCCGGUGUCAGCUUCUGCAGCGUCCAGCACAAGACCACUGAUGUGGCCAUGCUGGUCACCAUGUUCGGCUGGUUCGCCAUGGUCAUCACCUAUGUUGUUUACUAUGUGCGCCACAACCAGGAGGACGCCAGGAGGCACCUGGAGUACCUGAAGUCCCUUCCCAGCACCCCCAUCUCCAAAGACCCCCUCAGCCCGGCGCCCUAGCACCCAGCUGCAGCAGCCCCCAGCCUGCGGUGGCAAGUGGUGACUGACUUGUGCUUUUGAUAUCCCCCAGCAAGGGGGUGAUCACAGCCACUGUGCACUUUAGUCUUAAGAGAACUUUCAUGUAGCGCAUGUAGUCAUCCUUCAGGUCAGGUAACUUCGACAUCAGGCCCCUUUGACAGGUGAGGAAACUGAGGCUUAGAGAAGUGGUGUGACUUUCUCAUGACAACACAAUCAGGAAAUGUCCCAGUUGGCACUUAAAACCCAGACCAUCUACCAUGAUGUUCUGUGUUCCUUCCGUUCCACAGGCCACUCCGUGUGGUGACCGCAGGUGGAUAUGCAUUCAGAGGACGAAGGGUCUGUAAGUAGGAGAGUCCAGAUGAGGAGGUCUGCAUGCAUACUCAUCUGUUAAGGUGCCGCCAAUUCCUGUGGAGGAGCUGGUCUGCUGUUGUUUAACUAGAUCUUCCAGAGUACUUUUGGACACAGAUGCAUUUGACUUCUUUCCAGAGCAGAGGAACAGAGAUCAGGGUUUUCCAGAGAGAUAAAUGGAAUGUGUAGCUCACACUAACCUUUCAACACCCUGUUUAUUCUCAGAAUGUUUGUUUAGAGUAACCCUCGUGCCAAAAUGUCAGUCCAUGGAGAGGGAGAAAAAAACAUUGGAGAAACCUGAGACAGGUCCAGUGUGGACCCUCAAGGUGGUGUCAGUGGCACUGGGCUUCCUGCCACUUGGCCUGGGCCUGGUCAGCGGAAGGCCCUUGACGGUCACUACCGUGCCUUGCUUUUCUACUCUCUGAACAUCGAGGACAGUCUCUUCCAAAGGGCAGGAGGACUGAUGUGUGAUAUUUGAAGGCCAGUGAGUGGGUGCUUCCUUUUCUCCAGCGACAGGAGCUCUCCACCUUCGCUGCUGGGAAUCUCAGAGCUGAUUUAGCGCUCGGUUUUCUUACCUAUAUUACUUCACCUUCAGGUUAUCUUCAGAUGUUAUCUCCACCUAUGAGACCCUAAUUUCUAAUUUUAUUCUUUACUAUCUUUUUGUAUGAGUGUUUAUAUUUUAAACUACUCGGAAUAUUUCAUGGGGGGGGGGAUAAGUGUAAAUUGUUAAUGGACUUAAAGUGCAAAAUAGAAAUGCCUCAUCCAGUAGAUGCCUGAAAA